AUGGUGCGGGUGGAGCUGGAGUGGGAUAUCCCCAUGUCGGUGACGCUGCCCAUCCAGGUGCAGCCCGACCCGGCACACCAGCCGUUCCCAUUCCUGGACACCACACUGGCUGACCUGGGCAUCCAAGAGUCAGAGGUGAAGGAGAGAGUGGUGUGGGUGGACACCAAGAAGACCCAGGUGAAGAACAAGGCAGGGAAGCUGAAGGAGAAUGAGAUCACCAUCCUGGAGGUGCGAGUGAAAGCUCAGAAGCCUGGAGAAAAACAGCUCCAGGAGGUCCUGUACAGCACUGAAGCCCACACUGACCGCUCCUUCUGUCGCACAGGGAUGAAUAUUCUACCCUGGAAAAGCAGAUGUUCAGUGGAGAACGGACUGGAACCAGUACAGAUGACUAUGGCACUGGAUCUGGAGAACCAGCAGCCUAACGCCACCGAAGCCCAGGAGCAACGAGAGAUCUGA